AGCCUAGAGAGAGAAAACUCUGUUACUCACUCGGUCUCCAACUUUGAGGGGAAGUCACCACCUCUUCCCCAGACUCUCUACACACACACACACACAUGCUGAAGCAGACACACGCAGACUGCUCAGGACUUGAACACAACAGCAACUGUGAAACAGCCAGGACUGCUUGUACUGCUGGGUUUUUCGAAAUUUGGAGGGAAAGAAGAUUUUGCAGUUUGCCUGCAUGCUUUUGUGUGGAUUGAAGGACGUCCGCUCUCAUCACUGACCGGGUGGCCAAAUGAACUGUCUAGCCUGAGGACCAAAGAUCACAAGCUUUAACCCAGCAGCGAGGCAGAGAAAGAGAGAGAGGAGCGUGAUCACUUUGCAUCCAUUCUCCAACUUCUCAUUACACCAUGAGCUUGGACUGAGCUGGGACUUGCUUCGUAAUUUCAUUUUGUGGUGUGCAAGAGUAAAGUUUAAAUCGCCAUGGAUGUGAAGAAAAAAGAAAUGGACCUCCUUAGCAACAGCAUAGCUGCAUAUGCACACAUCAAAGCAAAUCCAGAGAGCUUUGGCCUUUACUUUGUCCUUGGAGUGUGUUUCGGCCUGGUGCUGACCCUCUGCCUCCUAGUAAUCCGCAUCUCCUGUAAGCCGCGGACCAACAUCACCCCCUCCACACCUGAGAAAAAACAGUUAAAGGACAUCAGUGAUGAGGAGGAGGAGAGUGAUGAUGAUGAAGAGGAAGAAGUGGAAGAUGUAGAGGCAGCGAUCCCGUUGCCCUGCACAGAAAUCCCUGUUGGCAAUCACACCAGUCAAUCAGAUGGGACACUGAGCGUGAAUGUAUUUACGUCGGCUGAAGAGCUGGAACGCGCACAGCGGCUGGAAGAGAGGGAACGUAUAAUCCGUGAGAUCUGGAGGAACGGCCAGCCUGAUAUUCUAGGGACAGGAACAGGGACUAUUGGAAGAGUGCAUUACUACUAAAAUACAUGAGGCUAAAAGAGAAACACUGUGAGCUCUGUGAAGGAGAAACAUGGACCUUUGGGUGGGCCUGGUGUCGCUGAAGCCUGAGAGCCUGUGUUAGAUACAAAGUGACUUGCAACAUUUGUUAUACUUGGCUCUGACCGAGCUAAACCACAAGAUAUUGCACUUCUUAUGUAGCAACAUGAAAUUAAACCAAGAGACAGGUCAAAGACUGAUCAAUCCGUAUGGAAAUUACAUGGUAUAAACAUGGGAGAUGACGGACACUUGAAGUAAUCAGUCUCUUAAAAUGCAUGGUGCUUAUAGCAGGAAUGAACACGAGGGUUAUGUAAAAUGAAAGCCUUAAUAAGGAAAAUGUACUGUUUAUUGUAAUGAAGACUAUUUGUUUGCAGACACAAUUCUUCUCCUCCAGCCGGAGGAGUUUGUGGUGGAAACUCAAAACAGCUUUUCCUCCAAGAAAAACACCCCAGGACUAAAGGAAAUUACAUAUCAAUCACAUGCACAGCGUAAAAAUAAUUCAUUCUGGUGUCUGUAAUUUAGGAGUACAUCAUAUCCAUAUCUGUAUUUUCAGGGAAAAUUCCAGCAAAGGAAAUGGCAGAAUUAAAGUAUUAAGAUGAAAUAAUGCACCUUCGUCUCUCUUCAUCUCUGCAAACAUUCAACGGCCUCCUCGGAUCCUUGGGCUUAUCAUCAAGAGUCUCUUUCACAUUAAGGAAAGAGACAAAGAUUACAUUUGCCACAAUGAUUAAUGGAAAGUUAAUAAUGUCUCACUUGUUAUUUGUCAAUGUCUCCCAUAUGCACCUUAAAAGGUUUUAAAAGCACAGCUUUAUAAUAAAGUACUAAAGGGAA